AUGCUAGCGAUAUUUUCAUCAACGAUAAUUUUAUUAAAACUUCAAUCAGUAUUGGGAGAUUUUGCAGAUGAGGAACUUGUUGCUAUUGUCGAUGAAAUUCCACUAAUUGAUGAAACUAUUCAUGCCUGUGAUCAAAACAACUCUAAUAAUUGGUUCAUCUAUUGUUCUGGGCGUUUGCUUGAAGCAGUUAAUGUUCAUAAAAUAUAUGAUGAUUCGAAAACUUUUGUCGACAUGCCAAUGAAAGUCAAUCCAGAAAUUGUCAUGGAUGAAUUCAACAAACGAUUCGCUAAUCAAAAUUUGAUGGAAAUUGAGCGAAAAGAUUUAGAAGGAUUCCUCAAUGAAUUCUUUAUGCCUUCUGGCAGUGAACUUGUCAGUUGCACACCAAAAGAUUGGACACCUUUUCCACCAAAACUGAUGCAAAUCGCUGACCCAUUAUUGCGAGAAUGGGCUCUCGAGUUGAAUAUUAUUUGGAAAAGCUUGUGCAAGAAGGUGAAUGCAUCUGUCGAAACUCAUCAAUCUCGAUAUUCAUUGAUUUAUGUUCCACAUGAAUUUAUAAUACCUGGAGGUCGUUUUCGAGAAUUCUAUUAUUGGGAUGCCUACUGGAUCAUUAAAGGCUUAUUGGCAUCUGAUAUGUUCAUUAGCGCAAGAGCCAUGAUUCUCAAUUUGGCUUAUAUCGUUAAAAAAUAUGGAUUUGUACCGAAUGGUGGGAGAAUUUAUUAUUUACAACGAUCACAGCCACCGCUUCUCAGUGGUAUGGUGUAUGAAUACUAUGAAAGUACCCAAGAUACGGAAUUUGUGAAAGAAUUAUUGCCUACACUGGAAAAAGAAUUCAGUUUUUGGCACACACAGAGAACAAUAAAUGUAACGAUGAAGAAUAAACAGCGAUAUACAGUAUAUCAGUAUCGUGCUAAAAGUAAUGUGCCUAGGCCGGAAUCGUAUAGAGAGGAUCUUGUAACUGCUCAAGAUGUCAUGAAUAAGUCCACACUGUGGCAGAACAUAGCAAGUGCCGCAGAAUCUGGAUGGGACUUCAGUACAAGGUGGUUCGCUGAUGGACAAUCACUAAAUACAGCUGAAACGACCAAAAUUCUACCUGUUGACCUAAAUGCAUUUAUGUGUUGGAACAUGGAUAUCUUGGAAUAUCUUUUUGAAAGAAUUGGUGAUGCAGUGAAAUCAGCAAAGUAUCGGGAUAUUAGAACAGUUUUUCGGAGUGCUAUGUAUAAUGUAUUUUAUAAUAGAACGAUGGGUGCUUGGUACGAUUAUAAUAUGCGAGAAAAUAGGCACAAUACCAAAUUUUAUCCAUCGAUAGCUGUACCUUUAUUCACAGGAUGUUAUCAUAUGCUUAAUCAACAAAAAUCUGAACGGCUUUUCAAGUUGAUGCAUAAGGUGGGAGCAUUCUCAUAUCCAGGUGGUUUGCCAACAAGUUUGGCUGUGAAUAGCAAUGAGCAGUGGGAUUUUCCAAAUGGCUUUGGUCCAUUAAAUCAUAUGGUCAUCGAAGGACUGCGUAAAUCUGAAAAUGCUCAAAUGCAAUAUCAGGUCAAAUUUUUUAAUUCGAUUUACUAA